CAGGCAACCUUGCACAAGGAGAUUCUGCAUAUGGCUGGGCAGUUGGGUCUAGACCCUCCAACAAUGUUGCUUUGCACUGGGGGCCAUGUAUCUGAGCUUAAACAAGCACUAGAGAACAGUGAAGCAGUGGCAAAAUGCUUUAACUGUUCAAUAUCUACAUCUGCCAUUCUAUUUGUCAUUUACUGUUCAUCAUCUGUAAAUAAAUCAAACAGAACCACUAUUCAGAACAAGUUGGAUGGAUUCCUCGAGCAAAUGAAGCUACACCAUUUCGAUAGUGGAAACCUGUCUGAAGUUCUUGAUCCCAUAUUUCUGUAUGUCCUUGUGCCUGAUCUGCCGAAAAGGUAAUCAUUUAUACCUUGCCCCUGUUCCUGUGGGAAUAAAACCUUUUGGCCAAUGCAGG